ACAAACAAACCUCCAGAAUGCCACUGGGAUACAGCUGCUGUCACCCCGGCUGAGGAAGACUGAGGGGCUCUCACUGGUUCACUCUCCUACAAGAUGUCUAAAGCCUCCAGGCUUGCUCGGCCCCCCUCGGCAGGAGCUGGAUCCAAGCUGCCAUCCCCGAGGAAGGAAUGCCCUGGGACAGCCGGGUUGGCCGGCCGUGCUCGUGUACUAAGCGUGGGGGAGAAGCUAAUGAGGGCAGGUAACGACGGUGCGCUGAACAGACAGAAGCCCCCGACUGUAGCUGUGGCGCUGGACAAACCACAAAGUGAGACCCAGAAUGAGACUCCGGGGCCCGGCCAAAGUCCAGACGAGAAGAACCCGAAUGUGGAGGUGGUGUCGUCCAAGAGCAGGAUCAGCCCACCUAAAGUUUCAAGUCAGCAGCAGAGCUCAGGUCCAAAACAAACCAAAAGCAACCUGAAGGUGACCUCCCCAGAGGACACUGAGCACAUAAGCCGCAGGCAGGCGUCUCCGAAUGGGACGGCUUCCACAAGAGGGGAUGCCAAAGGGAGCCGCACUGUCCCUCGACGGCACACGUUAGGAGGGGCCCGCAGCUCCAGAGAAAUCCUGGCCAUGCAGCCACCAGAUAUGGACAAGAAGAGGGAGGCCUUCCUGGAGCACCUGAAGCAGAAAUACCCCCACCAUGCCUCGGCGAUCAUGGGCCAUCAGGAGAGGCUGAGAGAGCAGAGCAGAAGUCCAAAGCACGGCCCCAGCCCACAGCCCGGCGUCGGCGAUCAGGUCGACCACCUACCUUUGGCCUCACUAGAGUCGCUGGACGCCAUGUCGGAGGCGGACGCGCCCACAGCCUUCAUGCGCGGCAGCCGUAUUCGAGCCAGCCUGCCAGUGGUGCGAUCGACCAACCAGACGAAGGACCGCUCACUAGGUAUGCUCCCUGUUGGCAGUAGGAAAGACGCUACAACCCUGUCAAGUGUCCUCUACCUGCAGUACGGGGAUGAGACCAAACAGAUCCGCAUGCCCAAUGAAAUCACCAGCAUCGACACAAUCAGAGCUCUGUUUGUCAGUGCCUUCCCACAGCAGCUCAACAUGAAGAUGUUAGAGUCGCCCAGUGUUGCCGUCUAUGUUAAAGACGACAUGAGGAACAUGUACUACGAACUCGCUGAUGUCAGGAACAUCACGGAUCACUCCUGCCUCAAGGUGUACCACAAGGAUCCGGCUCAGGCUUUUAGCCAUGGACCUCGGCCUGCCAACGGCGAUGCCAGGAUGCACAGCGAGAUGGCGCAUGCCACCCGUGAUGGUCAGCACCCUCUAAGACAUCCACCUAUGGGUCCUCCGUUACACCAUUCCCUGCAGGGAUCACUACCACCUACAGCCCUGUCUAUGCCGCCAUCCCCCUCCCGAAUCCCAUUUGGCUCACGACAGAACUCCGCUCCUGGGAGCGCCACCAUCCCAAGGGACCGGAUAUCUAAUGUCAGUCCUUCAGCCCGCUCCAACUCUCCUUGCCCCAGUGCCAUACUGGAGAGGCGGGACGUAAAGCCAGAUCAAGACUUGGGUGGGAAAAGUCACACUCUAACCAGGGGGAGUGAGGGGAUGUACGCAGAUCCGUACCAACUCCAAGAGGGAAGAAUCAGCAUUGGUCAUGGGCCGCAUGCCGUCCCUGGACUUGAUGGUCCAGAACAUGGCAUGGGGGGAUUUCACCGUGCCUCCAUCCGCUCUGCAAGCUCUUACAGUGGGUCCAGUCCAACAGACUCUGUGGAUCACCCAUCUCUGUACAGGCAGAAGUCCCGAAACAGCCAACUGCCUACAUUGGGUUCCAAGACUCCUCCUCCAUCCCCUCACAGGAUGACUGAGGUACGGAUGAUUGAUAUCCACAGCAUGCCUCCUCAUGGUGUUGCCCUGGAGAGAGGCUCACCAGUGCGUCAGUCCUUCAGGAAGGAGGAGGUUGCAGGAGCCAAACCCAGGAACAGCAUGGGAUCUCCUGUGAUCCCAGAUCCUCAGGGUCUCUCUCAAGGGCCCAAUCCGGCUCCAACUGACCAGGAGACACGAGAGCGAAUGAAGUUUAUGGAGCAACAGAUUAACAGCUUGACUGGUCUUGUUCAUCAUGUACUUUUAAAGGCCCCAAACCCUAGUGGCAACAAGGAGUCUCAAAGCGAGAGACCACCAAAGACUUCAUCUCCAGCCCACAGUGCACCUAGUUCAGCCCCAAGUGGAUCUACUAUCUUGGCCCCUAAAUCCAGUUCAGCCCCACCAGACAAGAACUUAUCUCCACUCAAAGUGAACCUCCUGCACUUCAGGAACAAUGUUUCGGACCUGAAGAUGCAGCUCUAUCAGAUGAGACAGCUGCAGGUCCAGAACCAGGAGGUUUUACGUGUGCAGCUGAAGCAGGCAGAGCAGGAAAUUAGCAUUAAACUCACAGAGGCCAUUCGGCGGAUGGAAGACCCUGUCCAGAGGCAGAGAGCUUUGGUAGAGGAGGACAGGCACAAGUACUUGGGUCUAGAGGAGCGUGUCCUCAUGCAGCUCAGUGAGCUGGAGGAGUAUGUAGGGUCUCUACAAAAGGAUUCAGCAGCAACAACCAGGGUGGUGACCUUAAAGGAUGUGGAGGAGGGAGCGGUGACCCUGAGGAAGGUGGGAGAGUCUCUGGCAGGCCUGAAAGGAGAGUUCCCAGCCCUGCAAACCAGAAUGCGAGCUGUGCUCAGAGUGGAAGUGGAGGCUGUCAAGUUUCUGAAGGAGGAGCCUCACAAACUCGACAGCAUGCUAAAACGGGUCAAGAGCCUGACCGACACUCUCAGCAGCCUGAGAAGAUGUACAUCUGAGGUUCCUCAGAAGGGCGCUGAUGCUUCCACUAACGUCUCAGUGGGUAGCAGCCACGCAGCAGCUGCAGAAGCCACCGCAGAGGCCCCCCCAGCAUCAGCAUCAGCCCAGCUCGUCUCCUCCUUACCUACACCGGAGCCACAGAGCUCCACCGUCAGAUCCGAGGUGAUGCCCUCCUCCCCGGUGUUCAUCCAUCACGUCCAGAGUUCCCCGGUUCACAUGCAGCAGUCCCAGCAGUCUGCAGCCCUCACGACUCAGCCCAGUCCUCCCAUCACCCCCAGCACCACUCACACUCCCAGUCCCAACCCGAGUAAGCCUCAAGACCAAGAAUACCCAAAGGGGGCCAUCUCAGACCUCCCGAGUCCUGCCCGCCUGAAGAAGACUCGUGGGAAUCUGGUGAAUAAUGGUAACGGUGCUCCUCACCAGGAUCCCGUAAUAGAGGAGCUCCAGACCACUAAGGAGAAAAGCAAAAGCAGAGUCUUGUCCAUCGAGGCAGCUGAGAAGGAAUGGGAAGAGAGGAGGCAGAAUAUGGGUCAUUAUGAUGGCAAAGAUUUUGAGAAGAUCCUUCAAGAGGCCCAGGCCAACAUGAUGAAGGGAAUACCAAGCUUAGAGGUAGAGGAAAGGCAAAUACUGCCCUCUGCUGGUAUAGUGGAACAGAGAGACAGUCCCGUCCCUGUCGAGUCACCUUCAGAGGAGCCUCAAGUAGACAAACCUGCCAAGAGGGGCUCUGAUAAACUUCCCAAGCUUUUAAUGGAAAAAUCCAUCAAGCCGACAUCCUCAAAAACUGCCGUUAAGCCAGCAGCCAGUGACAAUUUGACCAAACAGGGGUCUGACAAAUCGAACAAGUCCCCACCACCGCCUCCUCCGAGAAAAACCUUCUCCAGCUCCAGCUCAGGCAUGACUACUACGCGUUCUGGAGAGGUGGUCUACACAGGUCGGAGGGAGAGCCUCUCCUCCCAGGAGGUUGAGGAGGAUGCUCCUCCUCCGUCCCCUCAGCCGAAGCCCACAAAGGUCCCUCCAGAGAUCAAGCCAAAGCCCAUCACACCUCCUCCUGUCACCGCUUCUGUCGAAAGAGAAGAGGAGGAUGAAGGCGACAAGAUCAUGGCCGAGCUUCAGGUUUUCCAGAAGUGCACAGUUAAGGAUCUAGGGAUAAAAAAUUCAGUCGAGCCCACCAAUCGAAUUGAGCCCCAAAUCAAAGAGCUAAGACCAGGGAAUUUGUUGCCCCUCAAAGAGAAAAAGCAGAGCUCAGAGCCAAGUCGAGAGGAUAAAGAUCCAGACACAGAUGAAAAUGGAAACACCACUGCAAGACAGAGCCCAGGGGUCAUAUAUUACGUGACUGGCCAGAUUCCCAAAGAUCGCCCACCUCCAUCCGGACUGGAAGACACCCCCGAACACAGGGAGCCCACACAGCCUCUAACACAGGUGUCAAAUGUCAAUGCUAAUGACAGUUCUCCAAGCCAGCAACAGCAGAUGCUGCCCAUGUCUCCACCACCAAAAUCACCCCCACCUGUUACACCUCCACCUAUAUCACCUAAACCCACUGGACUGAAUGGAUUCAAACUCCCACGAAAGCAAGUUAAACGUGCUGAGUCCUUGAAGACUAGUGCAGAAGUACAGAAGGAAAAAAAACUCAACAAAACAAACACUGAAAAGAAAACUAAACCAGCACCAGAGCACCAUGCUCCCUCGAUUAAAAAUAUAAAGCCUGAGCAAAUAUUAACCACAACUAGCAAUCUUGUGAAAGAGGUGCCUAAGGUUCCUCCACCUAGAAAGACUGCAAGUGACAAAUCUAAUUUACCUCGAGCUAAUGUUGAAUAUAGUGACGAUGGCACCGGUCUUAGUCCUGACUUACCGGAAGAAGAAGCACCCCCACCACCAGACAUUGCUUUUAUGAUCACUAACAAAAAGGUACAGCCACUGUCUUGUGGCGAGUACCAAGAACUGGUCAACGCCAAGAAAGGUAGUGUCCAGACAGUUACCGUUGGCAGUGCAUCAAACAGAGCCAACAACAUGGUCGAUCACGCUGAGCCACAGGACAAUAGCUUUAACAAGAAGCCUGUCAUCAUUAUUUUUGAUGAGCCAAUGGAUAUCCGCUCAGCUUACAAGCGAUUGUCUACCAUAUUUGAAUGUGAAGAAGAAAUGGAGAGAAUGCUUGCAGCAGAGCGCAUCGAUGAAGAGAGCGAGGAGUCAGACACGGAGAGGAGCAGUGGGCUGCAGGUGAAAGCUGGAGGUGCAGAGUUUGUUGGUGGUGAAAAGACCAUGUCCACACAGAGUACCGGUGAACACACAGCGUCAUCGUCUUCAUCCUCAUCUUCCAUAUCUGAUCUAACAGAUGGCAGAGUGAACACAGAGACAAAUGGAGAUGCCAAACAAGAUGGGAAAAAGAAGUUCAAGUUUAAGUUUCCCAAGAAGCAGCUAGCAGCCCUGACCCAAGCAAUUCGAACAGGCAACAAGUCUGGCAAGAAGACCUUACAGGUGGUGGUGUAUGAAGACGAGGAAGAAUCUGAUGGUACAGUCCGAGAGCACAAGGAAGCAAAGAGAUUUGAGAUUGCACGCUCAAAAUCUUUUGCAGAGACCAGCAAGGGAUCAGUGUCUAUCACACAGAAAGACCAGAACUCAGACAGCCUUUGCAGAACCAAUGAGAUUCGGAAGAAUACCUACAAGACUCUAAACAGUCUUGAGGAAACCAUCAAACAGCUAGAAACCACAAUUAGUGAAAUGGGACCACCCUCCCCGGAUGAGCCAAUCAGCGCUGAAGACACUAAUGCAAAAACUGGGAAAGACUCGGAUAUAGUUGGGUUGAAGAGAUCAUCUUCUCUCCCUACCUCUAGAGCACAUGGGUCUAAAGUAGCCAGCAAAGGUUUGUUGGAGAAGAAGAAAAAACCUCAUCUCCUUCCUCGCCCUGUUGCCGCCCCUUCUACCACCAACAUCGGCAACACCGUCCUCAGUGUGCCCACCACCGUACAACAGAUCCCCUUGCAGAACACCAAUGCCGCUUCCCCCACUAGUCGGAUGCCGGUCCCUUUGUCUGCGAAGUCCAGACAGUCGCCGGCUACAACAGACAAAGCUGGAAAACAGCAAAAACUGCAGGACGGUCAGAGGCAGUUUCGACAGGCUAAUGGAAGUGCUAAAAGAGUGGGAGGGGAUCAUAAAACUACUUCCCCCACUAUACCCGUCUCUAAAAUCCCUGCUUUUUAUCCUAGCCCUGCUAAAGGCAGCUCCCAGUCUGCGCUAAACUCAGAUGCUACUAAUCCCAUUAACCCGUCUUCUUCCGCUCCUCACUCUGCGACAAAGUCCUCCGUUCUGUGCUCUCACACCCCCCGUAUCAGUUCCAUGCCCUCAUCCCAUAUCCCCUCACUGUCUAACGGAUCCCUCAAACUUCCCGCACCUUCACAACACACAGGUAAAGCUCUCUCGUUCUCCUCACAGACUCAGAACGGUCGAGUGCACUCCUCCUCCUCCUCCUCCUCCUCCUCUUCAUUCUCCUCCUUCUCCCCCUCCCCUCUGUCUCCCACACCGUUGGGCCCAGGUGGAAAGAGCAUCCGCACCAUACACACCCCCAGCUUCACCAGCUACAGAUCGCACAACGGCAGCAGCGGCAAAUCCUCCACCCCAACAACCACAGCAGCUAAGGACACAACUUAGCCACAUUAUCGCCCCGCGUGCUUUACAGCACCGCAGGUAGACCUGAAUAUAUUCCAUGUAACAUACUUUUGGUUGUUGUUGUUUUUUUUUUCUGUUGUUUGAAAGUUGUUAUUUUUUGUUUUGUUUUUUUAAAAGUAUUUUUUAAAGUUAUGCACUCCCUCUGAAUAUAUUUCAGCACUGGCAUUUGCGCACUGUUUCUUUCCGCUCAUUUUCAGUUCUCUUUUAUCCUGUGUCAGAGGUGCACCCACAUUAUCAUUUUCAUUUUAAUGUAUCUAAGACACCAUUGUAGUUUGACUAGUUGAAGUGAAUGGUUAUAAUUGUGCUGAAAAUUGAUGUUUGUUUGUUUUUUGUUUUUUGCAGUAGCCAUGAAUAGGGAAUAUAGAGUUAAUUUACAAUCAGAAUAUCAUGUAAAUUCUUUUAAUUUUUAAAAAAGAGAGAAAGAGAUUUAAUAGCUAGUAUAUUUAAUCCUCUAUAUUUCCUACGUUCUGGACAAAAAGUAACGGCUUCUAAUGAAUUUAUACAAAGGUUUAAGAUGAAACUCGUGAUUAACUUAGUUUUCCUAGAGUAUUUUUUUAUUUUUCACCUAUAUGAACUGCCAGCUUCUUUAACAGAUUGUCAGACAUUCAUUAAUGCGAGUUUUAAUUUUUAUUGUGCCUAUUUGCCAAAGUGGUUGUAUACUGACUCACUUCAUGCCUGACUACAAUCAUGUGCUUUUGGAAAACCUAUGCGCACUCUUCUCGCCGUGACGGCUGGCGUCAGUGGUCAAACGUCGUGUUAACAUAUGAUCUGUGAUGAAAAAACAAACCGGUGAAUUUGGUUCAACCACAUGUACAUACCAGCAAACGCUCCUACUAAGAAAAAAAUCUGUAGUUUUUUAACAUACCAAAGUUUAUUUGUAUGCAUGCCUUUGAAAUACUUUAAGAGAGUGAUGUAAAAGAGACAAAAUAUGUUUGCACAGAUAGAUUUUUGUAAAUAUUUUGGUUUUUUUCUUUCUCUGUUUUUUUUUUUUUUUUGUAAAGCUUUAAAUCAUGAUAUAAAUGAACAAUGUGGUAAAAGGCAAACGUGUGUUGGAGUAGCAAAAGCAAAUAAAGACCUGCAUGCUUCACUGA